AUGCGCUUCACCUUCCUCGCCACCGUCGUCGGCCUUGCGGUCGGCGCGUUCGCGCAGUCUAGUGUCGCGGACGCGUACGUCGCUUCCGAAUCCUCCAUCGCCAAAGCCGGUGUGCUCGCCAACAUUGGCCCCAGCGGCUCCAAGUCGCAGGGCGCGAAGGCCGGUAUCGUAGUCGCUAGCCCGAGCACCACGAACCCGGACUACCUCUUCACCUGGACUCGUGACACGUCCCUCGUCUUCAAGGCACUCAUCGACCAGCUCACCUCUGGCGAGGACCCUUCGCUGCGCGGCCUCGUCGACAUGUUCACCAGCUCGCAGGCUGCUCUUCAGCAGGUCUCGAACCCGAGUGGAACCGUCAGCACUGGUGGCCUCGGCGAACCGAAGUUCAACAUCGACGAGUCCGCGUUCACUGGCGCCUGGGGUCGCCCCCAGCGCGACGGCCCCGCUCUCCGGUCCACCGCCUUCAUCUCUUACGCUAACUGGCUCCUCGACAACGGCAACACCACCUACGUAACUCAAACUCUCUGGCCUGUCAUCAAGCUUGACCUCGACUACGUAGAGGCCAACUGGAACCAAACUGGCUUUGACCUCUGGGAGGAGGUCAACUCUUCCUCUUUCUUCACCACUGCCGUCCAGCACCGCGCUCUCCGCGAAGGUGCCGCCUUUGCUACGCGCAUCGGCCAAACUUCGGUAGUCAGCGGCUACACCACGCAGGCGGCCAACGUUCUGUGCUUCCUCCAGUCGUACUGGAACCCCUCCGGCGGCUUUGUCACCGCCAACACUGGCGGUGGACGCUCCGGCAGGGACGCGAACACUGUUCUAACGUCCAUCCACACCUUCGACCCCGCCGCGGGAUGUGACGCUACGACCUUCCAGCCCUGCUCGGACAAGGCGCUUUCCAACUUGAAGGUCUACGUCGACGCGUUCCGCUCCAUCUACACCAUCAACUCGGGAAUUGCCGCCAACGCUGCAGUCGCCACCGGCCGUUACCCCGAAGACAGCUACCAGGGCGGUAACCCCUGGUACCUCGCCACCAUUGCCGUCGCUGAGCAGCUCUACGACGCGCUCAUCGUUUGGGACCAGCUCGGCAGCAUCAACGUCACGACCACCUCCCUCCCCUUCUUCCAGCAGUUCUCCUCUACCGUCACCACCGGCACCUUCGCCUCGACCUCCGCAACGUACACCACUCUCACUACCGCCGUCAGGAACUUCGCCGACGGCUUCAUCGCGGUGAACGCUCAGUUCACUCCCUCGAACGGUGGCCUUGCCGAACAGUUCAGCCGUAGCAACGGUCAGCCCGUCAGCGCCGUCGACCUCACUUGGAGCUACGCUGCCACCCUCACCGCGUUCCACGCCCGCGCUGGCCUGACCUACCCUGGCUGGGGUGCUGCUGGUCUCACCGUCCCCGCAGUCUGCUCGACCAGCGGCAGCGGCAGCGGUGGUGGAGGCGCCGGCACCGUCGCGGUCACCUUCAACGUGCAGGCGACAACCUUCUUCGGGGAGAACAUCUACAUCACUGGCUCCGUCGACGCGCUCCAGAACUGGUCCCCCGACAACGCUCUCCUUCUCUCCUCCGCUAACUACCCCAUCUGGAGCAUCACCGUGAACCUGCCCGCGAGCACCAGCGUCCAGUACAAGUUCAUCCGCAAAGCCCCCGGCGAGCUCAUCUGGGAGUCCGACCCCAACAACCAGAUCACUACGCCCGCCAGCGGCACCUUCACGCAGUCGGACACCUUCCGGUAG